AUGUCAUCACCACCACCAUAUCAAACUCCUACCAACCUCCUCAAACGACCCUCCGUCUCCUCAGCGGUAUCACAGCCUAUUAUCAAAAAGGCGCGCAUGCACCCUCUUCGCCAGACCUCGUUCCCGACUCUCGAAGCAGAGCGCAGUUUCGGCGCAGCUAGCGACGCAGGCAGUGUAACGGGCAGUUACACCGGAAGUCUAGGCGGAGGCAGCGCAGAUGGGGUAUUUGCCGGGGCAGCGCGCGGAAAAAAGCGCGGCCGCAAAAGCAAGGCUGAGAAAGAACGCGAGCGCGAGCGCGAGGAUGCUCUCAGUUCCAGAGCUGGUGAUGGUCGAUUAGGAUCUGCCGAUGCCGAGGGCUCAGUACGAGGUAUGGGCGGCGGUGGUGGAGGUGGUGAUGAUGGUGAUGACGAUGACGAUGACGAUGAGGGAGAGCUUUUGGGCCGUGAAGAGGGCACGACCGAUACGGAGGCUGAGAAGAAGAACCUUGCGAUUCUGGUUGAUGCGUUUAAUCCCAUGCAAUCUGAGCGAUAUGACUUAUUCAAGCGUGCGAAGCUGCGCAAGGAAUCACUUCGUCGUAUCGUCAACCAUGCACUCUCACAAUCAGUCCCAGCAAGUGUUGUUACCACAGUCAACGGUUUUACCAAGGUCUUCGCUGGUGAGAUGGUCGAAAAGGCGCGAACCGUGCAGGCCGAAUGGGCCGUCGCACACGAUCAAGCUGCGCUGGCCGAAUUCGAGGCCGAAGAGCAAGCUGCCGAGACGAGAGCACAGGCCAGAACUCAGGCCCAAGCCCAAGCUACACAGUCCAAUACAGGAACGCCUACGCCAUCUGGAACACCUGGUUCCGGGGUCAGCAACGGUAUCAAGAAAGAGUCCGACGCAGACCAAGCCAGACCCUCGGCCACUCCUGUCCACAACCCCAACGCUGUAUCAUCACCUUCCCCAUCAUUGCACCAACUCGGCCUAUCGUCGGCACCUCUACGCCCACGACGCGAAUUCCGACCCCCGCCCAACCCUCACAGGGGCCAACUUCUACCUGCACACCUGCGUGAAGCGCUACGACGCUCAAAACGUGAUGGUGAAGGUGGAGGUGUUGGCUUCUCGGGGAUGAGCCUGGACAAUUUGGGAGUCAAGGGUUCAGUCACUUGGAACGCGGGUCCUGUUGGUGGCCGUAGAAUCUUCCGCUAA